GGUCUAGAAAGCAGCGAUGUCUAGCGCCUCCUCAGCACCUUCAUUGAGGCAGAUCUGCCGCCACAUCCAUCCAUCUUCUCUGCUCUCCUCUUCCUCCCUUCCCCUGUCACCCCCUCUUCUCUCCCCUCCCUGUGUUCCUCCUCUACUGUUUUUUGCUUUUCUUCUCUUCAACACUUUUCUCUUCUCCUCCUCUCCUCCUGUGUCUGGUGUGUGUGGGGAGAGGGUGACUUGCUCUCACCUGGACCCCUCCCCUCUCCUUCCCCUGGACCUGUCCUCUCCUGUCUCUACCAGCUGCCAUGGGCAUACGUUCUUCCUGCAGGCCGGAGGCGGCGUUGCGGGGAGCACCCCAGCAACCAGACUCUCCCCUCCCAGAGCAGCAGGAAGUCCUGGGCUCUGAUGAGGAUGAGCAGGAGGACCCCAACGACUACUGCAGGGGGGGCUACCACCAUGUGAGUAUCGGGGACCUGUUCAGUGGGAGGUACCACGUGAUUCGCAAGCUGGGCUGGGGACACUUCUCCACCGUGUGGCUGGCCUGGGACAUCCAGGGAAAGCGUUUCGUGGCCAUGAAGGUGGUUAAGAGUGCAGAGCACUACACAGAGACAGCCCUGGACGAGAUCAAGCUGCUCAAAACAGUCAGGAACACUGACCCCAGUGACCCCAGCAGAGAGAAGGUUGUUCAGCUGCUAGACGACUUCAAGAUCUCAGGCGUGAAUGGAACCCACGUGGUGAUGGUGUUUGAGGUGCUUGGUCACCACCUGCUCAAGUGGAUCAUCAAGUCCAACUACCAGGGUCUCCCCCUGCCCUGCGUCAAGAGCAUCAUACGGCAGGUGCUGCAGGGUCUAGACUACCUCCACACCAAGUGCAGGAUCAUCCAUACAGACAUCAAGCCUGAGAACGUGCUGCUGACGGUGAACGAGGCCUACAUCAGGAAGAUGGCCGCCGAGGCCACUGCCUGGCAGCGCUCCGGAGCCCCGCCCCCCUCCGGCUCAGCAGUAAGCACAGCCCCAGCACCCAAACAAAUGGUGAAGAUAUCUAAGAACAGGAAGAAGAAGUUGAAAAGGAAGCAGAGGAGGCAGGCGGAGCUGCUGGAGAAGAGGAUCCAAGAGAUGGAGGGAGCACCUGCGAGAGGCGAGGAGGAAGUGGAGGAGGAGGAGGAGGACACUACAGAAGCCACAGACAGCAGCUUGGCCGAUGCCGGCUCCACACUGCAGGACAUCGCCAGCGCAGAUGCCGUGACAGAGAUCUGGAGUCAGGAGGAGAAACAGCCCCCAGACUUGAGGGAGGAGGAGGAGAGGAAGGAGGAGGAGAUCAGGAGCGAGGAGCAGGACAACAGUAAGGAGAUGAACUGCAAUGGCCACGCACCCCUGGAGAGCCAGAUAACAAGGACCAAUCAGGAGCAGAGAGAGGAGGAGGACCAGCAGAAUGCUAACGAGACGCAGCCUGACCACAACGCCAUGACCAGCCAGCCCUACUCAGCAUGCAACGGGACAGGUCCUGGUGAUCCGUACGACUCCAUCCCUAUGACCCCUGACCCCGACAUGGAGGGUAAAGAACCUGGAGGGGAGGAGGAGAGGAAGGAGGAAGGGAGAGAGGAGGCAAUGGAGCUGGAAGGAGAGGCCAGAAGAGAGGCCGAGACGGAGAAACCGAACGCCUCCAUGACAGCAGACAGCCUGCUAGUGAACCCAUUGGAGCCCCAGAAUGCUGAGGCGCUGCAGGUGAAGAUGGCCGACCUGGGCAACGCCUGCUGGGUGAACAAGCACUUCACAGAUGACAUCCAGACCCGUCAGUAUCGUUCUCUGGAGGUGUUGAUGGGGGCUGGAUACAGCACCCCUGCAGACAUCUGGAGCACCGCAUGCAUGGCGUUUGAGUUGGCUACAGGGGACUACCUGUUUGAGCCUCACUCUGGAGAGGACUACUGCAGAGAUGAAGACCACAUAGCAUUGAUCAUCGAGCUGUUGGGAAAAGUUCCUCGUAAGCUCAUCAUGGUGGGGAAAUACUCGAAGGAGUUCUUCACAAAGAAAGGUGACCUGAGGCACAUCACCAGGCUGAAGCCCUGGGGUCUGCUGGAGGUGUUGGUUGAGAAGUAUGACUGGUCCAGAGAAGAGGCCCAGACCUUCUCCAGCUUCCUUCUGCCCAUGUUAGACCUGGUCCCAGAGAGGAGGCCCACGGCUGCAGAGUGUCUCCGUCAUGCCUGGAUAGCCCCCUAGAGGCCCCUUGCUGCCCUGCAUGCUGCCGCACCAUAGGGAUUACACAUGAAUACACACACACACACACACACACACACACACACACACACACACACUUUCAAACAGGAUGAUGUGUAACAACAGAUACACUCCCUGUAGAGGGCCUGUGUCUGCACAUCAUGCUCUCAUCACCCCUUGUGGACACACAAACACACACACACUGAGACUGGCUGAUAAACUCAGUUGACGCCCGUCAGUAACUCAGCUACCAGAGGACCCAGGAGCACCAUGUCAUUAUCCUGCUGUCUUUAGUCACCUGCUUGUUUCCCCCUGCCUUCUCUCUCCAUGUCUUCUAUGUUUCAAUUCCUCGUAAGUUCAGGCUUGUCAGUUGGAAGAUAUGAGAACGUGAGGCUUUCACAGGAAGGGCUGUACUACACACACCCUCAUCAACAGGAAAACACAGUUAGUUUGUAUUUUUACAUAAAGAAAUAGGACUGUCAUUUGAAAUCUGAAGAAGGGAGUGUUUUGGUGUGUAGGACUAGGUGAGAAGCUAACUGGGAGGGGCUGCAGGUUGUGUUGUCCCCCUUUUAUUCUGGUCCCUGUCCAGAAGUCUUCCUCUAGUCCCUGUCCAGAAGUCUUCCUCUGGUCCCUGUCCAGAAGCCUUCCUCUAGUCCCUGUCCAGAAGUCUCCCUCGAGUCCCUGUCCAGAAGUCUCCCUCGGUUCCCUGUCCAGAAGUCUCCCUCUAGUCCCUGUCCAGAAGUCUUCCUCUGGUCCCUGUCCAGAAGUCUCCCUCGGGUUCCUUGUCCAGAAGUCUUCCUCUUGUCCCUGUCUAGAAGUCUUCCUCGGGUCCCUGUCCAGAAGUCUCCCUCUAGUCGGGUUUGACAAGGUGUGACAGAGAAUGGCAGGUGUCAGUUUCUUUUUUCUUUUUAACAUGACUGUAACCGACAUUUCCUGUAACCGAGGCUUCACUCCUGGUUAUCCUGGAUGAAGAACACCAGAAGCCACACGUGCGACUGGUCCCCACAUGUAUCUUGUACAUGUAUGUAUCAGUUAGCCAAGGCGCUCUGUGUGUCUGCAGCUUUCCUGAACAGUUUCUAGAAGCAGAUGUUGGGUGUAAAAAGAAUGAAUAACAAUAAUUUUGCAAACAUUUGAAUGACAUUUGUAGAUGCAUUGACGAGUUUUUGCAAGUUGUUGCUGCAUUUUAAAAGCUUAUUUUCAUACUUUGGCCCUGAUACUUCCCCCAUCAACAUGCUGUUACAACAGUAUUUGAAGCCAACAAACAAAAAGGAUUGUGCAGAUACUACGGUAUGAAAGAUGUUCACCGCUCUACCAGGAAACAGGCCUCCAGUUGUCCACCCCAACCAUUAGCCUGCUACUGUUUACAAAGCACAACUCUCAUUGUCUCUCUUCCUCUCCUCGCCCCCUCCCUGCAUUUGAUUGUAAAACGACUAAAACAAAGACCUUUUUCUGUAGUUGAGAAGAAUAAAGAUUUUGAAAAAGCAGAA